UCCCACCUGACAGGCACACUGAUGGCCCCGCCAGAUCCAAGCCGCGACCCAGACGGCAAGAUAGAGCGAGCGACCUCUCGAUUCUCCCCAUCCCGCCGUGCUUCCCGUCUUCACCAAAUCCUUCGCCACGAUGGCGCGCCUGCUCAUCCCCCUCCCCUUCGCCGCCGCCUCUGCCUCAUCGCUCCACCUCGCCGUCUCCCGCCUUCCUCUCGCCGCGGUCUCCGCCGCGCGUCGCGAGUGUCUCUUUGGGGGAAGGGUGGUAGGAGGAGUGGUGAGGGCGCCCGCGAGGCUUUCUAAGCGCGGGUUGUGCGCCGGCGCAGAGGCUGGCGACUCGGCCGUCACGGUGGAGGCCAUGGAAUGGGUCAAGAAGGACAGGAGGCGCCUGCUCCACGUCGUCUACCGCGUCGGGGACCUCGACAAGACGAUCAAGUUCUACACGGAGUGCCUGGGCAUGAAACUGUUGAGGAAGAGGGACAUUCCCGAGGAGAGGUACACCAAUGCCUUUCUGGGGUACGGGCCUGAGGAUUCACAUUUUGUUGUGGAGCUCACUUACAAUUAUGGUGUGGAGAGCUAUAACAUCGGGACUGGUUUUGGCCACUUUGGAAUUGCUGUUGAGGAUGUUGCAAAAACAGUGGAACUUAUUAAAGCAAAAGGAGGAACAGUCACAAGGGAGCCAGGCCCUGUCAAAGGUGGGAAAUCAGUAAUUGCCUUUAUUGAGGAUCCUGAUGGUUACAAGUUUGAGCUUAUAGAAAGAGGGCCUACUCCCGAGCCUUUGUGCCAGGUAAUGCUUCGAGUGGGAGAUCUUGAUCGUGCUAUAAAUUUCUAUGAGAAGGCAUUUGGCAUGGAACUUCUUCGCAAGCGAGACAAUUCUGAGUACAAGGCGGUAUUUGAUGGUGUCAACCCUUCAUUGAGCACCAUUCAGAGGCUUUUCUUGGAUGAGGUGGAGUGCUGGUGUAUGGCUGGUGCGAAGCAGCUCGAGAGUCUCGGACUUCUGGCUGCAUUUGCUAGGUAUACGAUUGCGAUGAUGGGAUAUGGUCCAGAAGACAAAAAUGCUGUAUUGGAGUUGACCUACAACUAUGGGGUGAAGGAAUAUGAUAAGGGAAAUGCUUAUGCACAGAUUGCUAUUAGUACUGAUGAUGUCUACAAAACUGCGGAAGCAAUUAGAGUAAAUGGUGGACAAAUUACUCGUGAACCUGGCCCAUUACCUGGCAUCACCACCAAGAUAACUGCAUGCACAGAUCCAGAUGGCUGGAAAACAGUGUUUGUCGAUAACAUAGAUUUUCUGAAGGAGUUGGAAGAAUGAGCUUUGCUAGAGAUCUCAACUUGGUACAUCAAGCUCCAUACGGUUGCACCCCGUGAGUUCCAUGCAUGACCUGCAAAAUCUUUGUAAAGCCACAGCCUCAAACUGAGGAUUGUAGAUAGGUCGUCCAAUCUACGGCAUCAUCGCAAUUGAUAGUUGAUAGAGCAUUAGAUUUUCCUUGCAGAUCUAUAUAGAUGCGCAACCGUUUUUGUAUUAUGCAUUUUAAUGCAUAAGUUCAAUGGAAAUGAUUCAUGGGUAAGAAAAUCGUCUUCUUUCAAGCGGCAAUAUAAGGGCUGGUUUGGUGACUUGAA